CAGCACUGAGCUAGAUGGACCCCAGUGCUCUCACUGAGUACUGUACAGGGAAGAGCUCCGUGUGUCUUCCUCUGUUCUGCGCAAUGCCUCUUUCCCCGGCUCCUGCUUUCAGAGAUAAUCGGGCUGUUUGACUUCGUGAGGGUUAAAAUAUACGAAAUGAGAUUCCUAGAGACGAAAGAGGACCGGGAGCCUUCAAAGAAAAUGCGGCUCCUUUCUCUCUGACCUCACUUCCUGCCUGGCUCUUCCCUUGUAGAAAAAUGGCUCGCUGGUAAACAUCAGCAACAGCAGAAGCAGCAGCGUCGGUGGCGCUUUCUGGGAUCUGACAGGUGAUCCCUGAGAUGCAGAAGGGACAUUUUCAGAGUGAAUAGAAAGUGCUACUGAAAACUGGCAAUUGUUUCAUGGAAUGAAUCAAACUCAGAAGACCCCGAAUGAAACCAGCACCUUUCCUGCUCUGCAAGCCUUCGGCCUGGGCAUAGUGAUCCCUAUUUGGCUUCGCUCAUAGAAUAAGUGGACCUGCUCCUUCUGAACGUGGCCUCAGAAGGCAGAAAACUAUUCCCAGAAGCAGAGAAGGGAUGAGGACCCCGUGAAAGGCCAAGAGAUCAAAGAUGGAACAGCAAGACCCAGCUACCCCUGAAGCAGGACUUGGCCCUGUUGCCAUCAAGACUGAGACCCAUGGGGAGGAAUUCUUGGGGGGAAACGUGCAGAAGAUCUUGGGGGAGAACCCUCUCAGCUCAGAUGUGCAGCACCAGCAGUUCAGGCGUUUCCGCUACCAGGAGGCUAAGGGGCCCCGAGAGGCUUGCAGCCAACUCCACCUUCUUUGCCGUGAGUGGCUGAAGCCAGAGCGGCAUGCAAAGAACCAGAUCCUGGACCUGGUGAUCUUGGAGCAGUUCCUGGUUGUCCUGCCCCCAGAGAUGGAGAGCUGGGUGAGGGAAUGUGGAGCAGAGACCAGUUCCCAGGCAGUGGCCCUGGCAGAAGGUUUCCUCCUGAGCCGGGCAGAGGACGAGAAGCAGGAAGAGCAGCAGGAAAAGGGUCUUUAUGCAGAAAUAGGAACUGAUUUCCCUGAGGCAGAGAGAACUCCAUCGGACCCCAAGCAGAGGCUUCUGGGGGAUGGAAUCAUGUCAGCAAGACCUACUAAAUCAUCUCCCCUUUCUGGUGGAGGAGAAGCUGUUGCGAUCGCCCCAUAUCAGGAUCCAGUGUCUUUGGAGGAUGUGGCUGUGAAUUUCACAGAAGAGGAGUGGGCUUUGCUGAAUCCUGACCAGAGAGCUCUGCAUAGCGAAGUCAUGGGGGGGAUUUGUGGGACUCUGUCCUGUCUUGAAGAUGACAAGUGGAAAACCAAGAGGAAGGGAGAACUAUGUGGGAAAGAGAGACGGGAAAGAGACAGAUCUGAAAACAGGGAAGAGCAGAGGAGGAAACCUGAAGCUGAAGAUAAAAGGUGGAAGAAAUCCUGCGCUUCUCAGGGCAGUGGCUACCAUAAAACUGCCAUCCGAGAAAAAACAGAUCAAAGAUGGAAAAGAAAUAAAUAUUUUCGUCGUUCAAAAAGUCUGAAUUCUAAAAGAAAAUGUAAAGCCCACUACAAAAACCAGAAAAGGGAGAAACCAUAUCAGGGUUUGGAAUGUGAAAGGAGGUUUAGCUACAAGGCAAGUCUCACUUCCCAUCAAAUUAUUCACACUGGGGAGAAACCAUAUAAGUGCUUAGAAUGUGGAAAGAGCUUCAGCUGGAAAAACCUAUUCACUUCUCACCAAAGCAUUCACACCGGGGAGAAUCCAUAUAAGUGCUUAGAAUGUGGAAAGAGCUUCAGCUGGAAAAUCCAACUCACUUCCCAUCAAAGAAUUCAUACUGUGGAGAAUCCAUAUAAAUGCUUAGAAUGUGGAAAGAGCAGCAGAUGGAAAACCCAACUCACUUCCCAUCAAAGAAUUCAUACUGGGGAUAAUCCAUAUAAGUGCUUAGAAUGUGGAAAGAGCUUCAGAUGGAAAACCCAACUCACUUCCCAUCAAAGUAUUCGCACCAGGGAGAAACCAUAUAAGUGCUUAGAAUGUGGAAAGAGCUUCAGCUGGAAAAUCCAACUCACUUCCCAUCAAAGAAUUCAUACUGGGGAGAAACCAUAUAAGUGCUUAGAAUGUGGAAAGGGCUUCAGCAGUAAAAGUCAACUCACUUCCCAUCAAAGAAUUCAUACUGGGGAGAAUCCAUAUAAAUGCUUAGAAUGUGGGAAGAGCUUCAGCUGGAAAAUCCAACUCACUUCCCAUCAAAGCAUUCACACCAGGGAGAAACCAUAUAAGUGCUUAGAAUGUGGAAAGGGCUUCAGCAGUAAAAGUCAACUCACUUCCCAUCAAAGAAUUCACACCAGGGAGAAGCCACAUAAGUGCUUAGAAUGUGGAAAGGGCUUCAGCAGUAAAAGUCAACUCACUUCCCAUCAAAGAAUUCAUACUGGGGAGAAUCCAUAUAAGUGCUUAGAAUGUGGAAAGGGCUUCAGUAGUAAAAGUCAACUCACUUCCCAUCAAAGUAUUCACACCGGGGAGAAACCAUAUAAGUGCUUAGAAUGUGGAAAGGGCUUCAGCAGUAAAAGUCAACUCACUUCCCAUCAAAGAAUUCACACCAGGGAGAAGCCACAUAAGUGCUUAGAAUGUGGAAAGGGCUUCAGCAGUAAAAGUCAACUCACUUCCCAUCAAAGAAUUCAUACUGGGGAGAAUCCAUAUAAGUGCUUAGAAUGUGGAAAGAGCUGCAGAUGGAAAACCCAACUCACUUCCCAUCAAAGAAUUCAUACUGGGGAGAAUCCAUAUAAGUGCUUAGAAUGUGGAAAGAGCUUCAGAUGGAAAAUCCAACUCACUUCCCAUCAAAGUAUUCACACCGGGGAGAAACCAUAUAAAUGCUUAGAAUGUGGAAAGAGCUUCAGCUGGAAAAUCCAACUCACUUCCCAUCAAAGCAUUCACACCGGGGAGAAACCAUGUAAGUGCUUAGAAUGUGGAAAGAGCUUCAGCUGGAAUCACCAACUCACUUCCCAUCAAAGAAUUCACACAGGGGAGAAGCCAUGUAAGUGCUUAGAAUGUGGAAAGGGCUUCAGCAGGAAAAGUCAACUCACUUCCCAUCAAAGAAUUCACACUGGAGAGAAACCAUAUAAGUGCUUAGAAUGUGGAAAGAGCUUCAGCUGGAAUCACCAACGCACUGCCCAUCAAAGAAUUCACACCGGGGAGAAGCCAUAUAAGUGCUUAGAAUGUGGAAAGGGCUUCAGCAGGAAAAGUCAACUCACUUCCCAUCAAAGAAUUCACACUGGAGAGAAACCAUAUAAGUGCUUAGAAUGUGGAAAGAGCUUCCGUCAGAAGGGACAUCUGACUUCUCAUCAAGGAAUUCACACUGGAGAGAAACCAUAUAAGUGCUUAGAAUGUGGAAAGAGCUUCAGCUGGAAACACCAACUCACUGCCCAUCAAAGUAUUCACACCUGGGCAAAACCAUAGAACUGCUUGCAAUGUGGAAAGAGCUUCAGAAAUAGCAUAAGUUCCUAGAAUUCGGAAUGGGGGAUAGCCAUGUUAUGAGUGUAGAAGGGGGGUGGCCCACCUGUUGCCUGUGUGUGUUUUGGAGGCCUGUGGAGACCUUCAGUAGCAUCCCCCAAUGUCCCUGCACUCUCGGAUGUUAGAGAAGAGAUCCUGGCUUUCCUCUGUGUGAUCCUACCCCCCCUCUUUUCACACAAUACUGCCCUCAACCAGAACCCAUCCCCCCCUUUCUUUGUAGAGUGAAAUUGGAUUUUCCCAAUCUUGGGAAAAUCCUAAAAUAAAAACACAAAUUCAAUCCA